AUGAUAAGAUCGAAGAGGACUAGAGGCACAAGAAACACCGAGGUGAGUGAGCCCAUGGGUGCUGCGGACUCGAAUGGYGAAGAAUGGCAUGAUUACGUCUCUGACGAUGUACUGGCUCAAUUGAGCAAGCACCAACUGCCGCAUUCAGGAUUGCUACACGAGAAGGCUGCGAGCUUGGCGCAACAAUGGCAUUUCCAGUACGUGGUGGCUUGGCUCUCUAAUGUCUGUGAAUCUUACACUACCACGUCAUACACUGUAGAGCAAGACGGUGGUGGUUCUACCAAGUGCUUAUGGAAGAGUAUAAAGUUCGACGAAGGCGUUUUCGUGACGGAUGUCUUUUCGAAGAUUGAUGGAAAGGACUCAAACUAUUACAACGAUGAAGUAGACGUCGAUGGUGCUUCGCAGAAUUUGUAUGAUCAGAUUAGAUUGCAAUUAUUACACCAAUUGGCAGGCAAUAAGAGCGGACAAUUGAGAGAUUGGAAUGUUAUUGUUAAUCAUCAUUUCGAAAAUUCCAGCGCAUUUUCAGAUCUGGUUACUACCUCCCCAUUUCUGGAGCUGGACAUUGCGCGUCAGUUUGAAAUUCUUUACGGCAUUAUAAAGUUAGUUGAAGUGAAGAAUAUGUUCUUCAAGAACUAUUUAGUGAAUAACUUGCAUUUGUUCACAUUCAACGAAAUUAUACUAGAUGACGACAAUGAAGAGGGGGGGACGCGAAGUCUGUUUGCCUUGCCCAAUGUUGGUGUUCUUGUUGAGAAAACUAUGCACAGAGUCAAAGAAGACCCCUCUUCUCAAGUCUCUCAGACUCUGAAUAUCCCGAUAAAGCUACAGAACUGUACAAUAAAAGAAAUGGACCCCAAGAUGCCGGAUUCCGUGGAACUGAUCCAUCUGGAGUACUCUCACGACAUUGACGCAUACCUGCAAUCUAUCACUGUCGAUUAUAAAGUGGUCACCACUGGUUGGGAGUCCAUGUUGGAAUACUGGUCACAGAACAGGGACUCGAAGUUAAUUGACGAGUUUAUAACGAGUUUGAUACCGACAUUCGCAGAGCAUAGAUUGUAUUCAGCCAAGAUCUUGACCAACCGAGAAAAGGAGAGAGCCAUUGCUGAGCUGAUGACAAGAAGGAAAAGAUCUUCGAGGCUGGUGGCCAAAGAAGAGGAGAGCAAGAAAAAGGAUUUGGAAAGUGAAUGGUUUGAAAAAUUGGAUGAAAGAGAACAGUUUAUCAGACACAGGAACAAGCUGGUGUCGAAGGAAAUCAAGAAGCUCAAGGACCUACUAUGGGGUCAGUUGUGGCAAUUAUACGACCAGGAUUACAGAGACGCAAAACUGACCAAGCGUAACGAGCUCACGGACAGAAGUGGCUCCGGCACUCCAUCUCUCGAACCAUUUUUGGGGAAGGACGAAAACAACCCACUGAAUGAAAUCGAUAACGAAGUUCUUGAUCACGGGCCCAACUUUCAGUCGAGUAUCAUCCCCCUGGAGCAACCGACUCCUGAAAGCCUUGGCUUGCUGUCCACCGCCGAUGUUCCUGAGUUGCCCUCCGAUUAUUGCAUAACCAAGGAGGAGUUGGACGAACUGGCCAACUAUGGGAUAUUCACGUCACAGCAAGAGCCGGACAGCCAAGAUUCCGUUUUCCAAUGCCCCGGCGAACCAGAGUUGGCGCCCAUGGUAAUCACGGAGGAUUCGGAGACGGACUUGUUCAAUAAUCACCCAUUGGUAUGUUGCGAUCAGUGUUACAGAUGGCAGCACUGGGAAUGCCAACCACCAAAGAUCACCGAGCUGAUAUCCUUGACCACGAAGCCCCCACAGCACAUGCUGUCGCAACGCGAUUUUGGCGUCAUCAUAAUGGGCAACUCACAUGGCAACAGAAGGUCCUCGCGCCGACCCCAAUCCACGCCCGAACCCAGUUCCAAGUCCACGAGACCCACCGAUAAGCGCAAACCUCUGGGAGAAUGCUCCACUUUCAUCUGUGGUUGGUGCAUGAAAGACCUGGAACUUGAGCUGCGUAACAUUUUCGUGCCUGAGUUGAAAAUAAUCAGGGCUAAGCAAAGAAAACAGCAAGAAGACCGGGAAAGAAGGAAAAAAAUGAAGGAGGAAAAGAAAAGACUCGAACAACUCGCCAAACAAAGGGAACUGACCCAGUCCAUGUCACCUCCUGCAUUCAGCACCGCGUUCCCCCACAUGACAAGCGGCCCACUGCCAGGCAUCUCCGCAUACGGAACACCGAACCUUGGCACCAUUCCAGGACUGAACACCAAUGCUGCUCGCCCUGUAAUCGCAUACCAACAGCAAAUGGGGGGCAAGACUAUCCCACAACCACAACUACCACAGCAACCACAACCACAACCACAACCACUACCGCAACCACAACCUCCGCAACAACAGUCCCAACAACAAAACUUUCACUUCCAAUACCCACCCACCAACUAA